AUGCGUCCUGAACAUGGCGGCUUCAGUUAAAAAGAUGGUCGGCGUGUCAGACGAGUCCAGCAGCAGCAGCGACGACGAGGCGCUGAGAAGGUGUCAGGAGGCCGUGUGGGAGACACGAGCUGUGCCGGAGAAAGAGGACAACAAUGUGAAGCAGUCUAAACGUAUUGUCGUCGCUGAACAUGAACACGAUGGCAACGAGCUCCAGGUCAGCCAAGGGUUCCGAACGCACGUUGCAAAAAAGUUGGGACAUCUACUUGACAGGUACAUUUUCAAAAAAAUUUCACAUAAAUGUGAGUUCAGGUUGCAACAGCUUUCUCACCUCAUUUGUUCUAUGUAUGUAUUUUUAAGUCAUAUUUCAGAAACGCAAACCAAGUCUUCAUCUUGUGUGGAAUCAGCAAAAUGCGAUGAUGCCGAUGAUGAAGGAUUUCGUUUGUUUUCUACAUCCAUCCCAGGACAGACAGCGGAGGAGCCUCCAGCUCCGGUGAGGCGUCGGCCAGCUCCUAGCUCAAGUGACAGCGACAGUGAGAUGGAAGCAAGGCUGAGAGAGGCAGCUGUGUCGCUCAAAGAUCUCUUGCCCUCUUUGACACUGCCCUCGACACAAUCACCUCCCUCAGCGGAGCCUCCCUGCUCAGGAAUAAUAAAGAAAAAGAAGAAGGUUGCAGAGGGAGAAGAGGGCCAUGUUGUUAAGAAAAAGAAAAAGAAAAAGAGGAAACAGGAGGAAAGUGCACAGGUGGACACUGCAAGUUCUCCAGUAAAUGCUCAAAGCAACAAUGAGCAUGGGAACUCAGAACAGGAACACAAACAAGUCAAAGUUAGACGGAAGAGGAAAAAGAAGAGAGAAGGAAACGGAAUGGAAGAAACUUCGAACUGAAUUUCUAAUGCAUAACCUUUUACUGUUCUAGGAAGUUUGUCUGUCUGUGUUCCAUUCUGCCAUAUUCCAUCAGAAGCAUGCAAUAAUUGGAUGAUGAGAUAUAAUUCAAAAUAUUUUAAUAUUAUUGCCAUGGUUAUACUGGAAAUUACCACAAUUUGUCAUGAAAGAGACUCAUUGAAGUGUGAAAACACAUUUGAAGGCAUAGAUAAAAAAAUAAUAAUAAUAAUGUUGGUAAAGUGUGGAUUACAAAUUUUUUUUAACAAAAUUGUCCAUUUCUGAAUAAUACAAAAAAAUUGGAUAAAAAUACAUUUUGCUGUUGAUUUUUCAGUUGAUUGUCUCUUGUAUUAAAUCUUCUCUAAAGUG